GCCAUCAUCAUAGGAAGCAACAUGCCACAUUACAAAGAUUAGCGCAAUAUAUGCACAUUAGCUAGCUCUCUGGAGUUGUGCUUCUUGUGUCUGAUGCAUAGAAUUCUUGACAAGAGCUCAACAUAAAUCAUAGGUAAUGUAAUGUAUUCUUAAACUAGUUGUAUCUUUUACUAUAUAGUUGUGGUCGUGUAUAUCAAAAUCUAGGACCAUAAAAAAAGAAACAAAAGAGUGGCAGUUAUGGGAAGAACAUGGGAGGCAUAACGACUAACCCACUAAGCUGAUUUCUCGUUAUUCCGAUUAGGCUCUCUUUGCAGAUAAAGUUAUGUGCAGAAUGCACAUUCUCAAUUCUCUUUUUGCCUUAUGAGGCUGUUUGUCGUUUCCUCACUCCCACAGCCAUUAAAAUAAUUCAUGCCUUGAGAUGAAACACCUUUUAGCAGACCUUCCACUAUCAAUUUUUAUUAUAUAUAGUAACAAUGUCUCUCUGAAUCUGCAUGCACUUCAAGGCCCAAACUUGGUUGAAAACUUGUUGCAAACUUUUUGUGUUAGUUUUAGUAUUAGUGCUCAGAAGCUAGAGACACUAGUGCUGCCUAAUUAGAGUCUCUUCAGUAGUUGGCUGUGAAAAUUUCUAGCUCAUGUUCUUGUCAAUUCCUGGUUGAAAAUGUUGAGAAUGAAGUAUUGUCACAUUUCAGCACUAGUGUUGUGCAUGUUUCUCCUUUCCUUAAUUCUUUCAAUCCAAGCUAGACAUCAUUCCCAUAAAAGACAGAGACAUUCACAUUCUCAUAAAUCAUCUAGAACUUUUGAUGUAACAAAAUUUGGAGCCAUUGGAGAUGGAAUAACAGAUGAUACAGAGUCAUUCAAGAUGGCAUGGGACACUGCCUGUGAAAGUGAAUCAGAAUUUAAUGUUAUUAUUGUUCCCAAAGGUUUCUCCUUCCUCAUUCGGCCCACUAUUUUCACUGGUCCUUGCCAUGGUUACUUAGUAUUGAAGGUGGAUGGAACUAUAAUGCCACCAGAUGGACCUGAUUCUUGGCCAAAGAACAAUACUAAGCGUCUAUGGCUGGUGUUUUAUAGAAUCAAUGGAAUGUCACUUGAAGGAGGUGGUUUAAUAGAUGGAAGAGGAGAUAAAUGGUGGGAACUUCCUUGUAAGCCUCACAGGGGACCAAAUGGAACAACUGCUCCUGGACCUUGUGAUAGCCCAAUGGCCAUAAAUUUUUUUAUGGGUUCCAACUUGACUGUGCAAGAACUUAGGGUCAGGGACAGCCCCCAGAUUCAUUUAAGAUUUGAUGCAUGCAGAAGUGUCCACAUUGAAUCUAUCCACAUAAAAGCUCCAAGACUAAGCCCCAACACUGAUGGAAUUCACAUAGAAAACAGCACUGAUGUCAAAAUAUAUAAUACUGUGAUUUCUAAUGGUGAUGAUUGUGUGUCCAUUGGAACCGGUUGCUAUGAUGUUGAUAUAAAGAACAUUACUUGUGGUCCUGGUCAUGGAAUCAGCAUUGGUAGCUUGGGAAAGUACAACUCUAGAGCAUGUGUUUCAAACAUUAAGGUGAGAGACUCAGUUAUUCAGAUGACAGAUAAUGGAGUUAGGAUCAAGACAUGGCAAGGUGGAUCAGGAUAUGUAUCAGGAAUAACAUUCAGCAACAUUCAUAUGUAUAAUGUUAGAAACCCCAUGAUAAUAGACCAAUUCUAUUGCCUCAAAGAGGGUGAAGUGUGCAGAAACAAAACCUCUGCAGUGGUUGUAUCAGACAUUCUAUACAGAAACAUAAAGGGAACAUAUGAUAUAAGGAGCCCUCCUAUGAGAUUUGCAUGCAGUGACAGUGUUCCAUGCACCAACUUAACCCUCUCAGAUAUUGAGCUUCUUCCUGAUCAAGGAGAUAUGGUUGUUGAUCCUUUCUGUUGGAAUGCUUAUGGUGAUCUCAGGACACAAACCAUUCCACCAGUUUUUUGCUUGCUUGAUGGAUUUCCUCAGUCCAUCUUGCACAAUGACAUAGCUCAUUGCACGCGGUAUUCAUGAGAAGUUUGAUUAUUGUCUCUGUUAACAAGAUAUGCCUUUUUAGAUCAAAACAAUUCAUUCAUGAUUUGCUUUUUUCUUUAGAUGAGCAUGUAUAUAUAAUUAGUAGCUAGGGAAGUAAUUUUGGAAUAUUGCAUGAUCUUGAAUGUUAUGUUGUAAUUGUUGGAAAUUAUGCCAGGGAAUGACAAGUGAUUUCAUACUUCA